AUACACGUGAAUCAUAGGGCCAAGUGCAGUUUUUAAGGAAAAUGUUACUAACUAUAAAUGAAAUUUGCAUUUGGGCUGGUGAAAAUCCUAGUCAAAGACGUUUUGUGGAGGGAGAACGAAUUCUUGCUGUAGGUCAUUUACUAAAUUGUGGAAGAACGGACGUUAAAGUUGGAGUCGUCAAGGUGAAGGCUUUUUGUUUGCAAACUACGGCUAUCAAAGAAAAGCCACACGAAAUUGAUAUUGAUAUCAGUGAAUCUGGCUGUAUAUUAAAUUGUACUUGCACUUGCAAAGCUAGCCUCAGUGGCAAAUGCAAACAUGUGGUUGCUGCAUUAUUGCACUGCUACCGUGAUAGUGAACACAUACAGACGUUCUCAUGCACUGACCUGACAUGUUCUUGGAAAAAACCGCAAAAAGAAAUUCUGGAAAAAUAUGGUCCAACACCAUUAGAAAACCAUGCAUGUUUUCAAAAUCCUGACACUUAUCACCUUAACAACAUUAAUUUACAGCUCAGCCCAAAUGAUAUAAAAAAUAUUGUUAUAAAAAAUCUACCAAAGUCAGCAUUCUCAAAAGAUAUGUUGGGAAGGCACGAGUCAAUUGUUGCAGUUGAAAAAAGUGUUUCGGAGGCUGAGAAGAUAGCAAUAAAGUUAAUAUUUUUACAUCAAGAGAACCAACUUUUAGAAUCAUUAAACAAACUUGCAGGAAAUCCUCUUAAUAACUGCUGCAUCAAAACUUUAGACAUGCUAAAUGGGAAUUUUGAAAAAAUUUUUGGAUUAACUAACGGUUUUGGGUUCGAUACUUCGUUAGACAUGAUUUUUUAA